UUAAAUUCCUCCCGUUUCAAGUGCGUAUUCCAAAAGCUCCGUUUUAGUGCCGGAUUAGUGUAGAUGGUAGGCCUAGCGGUAGAAACAAAGCUGCGUUUUCAAAUUCCUCCGGCGCAGUGGGGACGCCGCCCGCUGACAUGAACGUUUGAUUGUAAAAGACUGAAUAUAGCAAACUGCGAGUGAGACAUGUACAGAAGAGGUAUUAGUUUCAGGUUUUCAAUCUUACACGUCUAUAGCAUGUCUUGAAAUAAUCUUUAAAGCACUGUCUGAGUUAUGAACCACCUAUAUAAGAGACAUUUUCCAGUCCAACAAUAUAACCUUAUAUUGGACCGACAUGACUGUAGCUGAUUAAAAAACGGAAGCGUAGUUGAGUGCUAGUUGGGGAGCAACGCAUGAAGCAAAAAUUUGCGUGGGAGGCAAACACAACUGUCUUUCACAAUAUAACUUAUUUGCCUUUAAUCAGCGCCAACACGCUUCCCUUUUUGGUUUGUUUUGUCGUUUGUUUUUUCAUUAGGAAAGUGUGUGCAUGAAGGAGGCAGAAUUAUCUUUUUUAUAAAGUUAUACUAUUGCCAAUCAGAAGAUACUUGCGGCUUGCUAUAGCUGUGAUUCCCUUUGUUUUGACUUCUUUUAUUAAUUGCUUCGCUAUGGCGUGAAAAGUGUGCACGAGCUACAGUACUAAGAGCAACGCUAGUCGUGUUUAGAAUGGUCUGCUUGCAUGUUAAGUAUCAUGGUUUCACCUUGACUCGAACCGCGGAAACCAGGCGAAACUCACGCUAAAACACACACACUGACCUUCACCUGCACUUUCAGACAAUGGCAUGAUUCAAACAUUUCCACUGGUCACGCAAACCUUACAACACUAAAAAAUGACUUUGCAAGUUUGUUUCUGUGAAAAUAACCAACCGUGAGGCAACCAAACAAGAAAUUCAACUAAAAGCUCGAAAACCAGCAAACCCGCCGAAUAUUUCUGUUUGAAGCGCUCUCUAGGCAUCGCUUGAUUCGCUUAAUGUUCCUGUAAGUGAUUAACACACUCACCUGUCAGACAAGCACAGCAAACGCGACAAUAGAAACUGUACUUAGGGGUGGACUGUUUGAAUUUUGAUGGGGACUGGGUGGUUUUCAAAACGAAUUUCCUUCAAGUAUUCUUGUACCAAAUCAUGCAAACGACCACUGCCGAAAAAAGAAAUUCGCACACUCUCAGUAAGUCGAAAAAAAAAAACAUUUCAUACGGAGAAAAAAAUCGUGCAUGCACGCGCACCGAGAAAAAAAAUUGUUAAGGCAUGAAAGGGUUAAAAAAAUUCGUGCCUGUACAAAUCACCCACCCACACAACCCCAAAAGACAAAUGAUCCGCCCGUCAUAAAUAUGCUUUGUCACUAUCAUUACCUCAAGGCCUAAAAACCACAAGCAGGCCUGAAUCGCAAUUGUACUAGCGCAGUUUACGGCGGAGAAUGAAGUAAAAUGAGACAAGUCACGGUGUUGUGGAUCUGCAUUUUCUCGUUUGCCACCAAGGGGUUGUCACUAGUGUGUGAAUCAUACGAUCAGAAAUGUCGGACAUCCAACUCUGCAGCGUCUGGAAACUCCUCGUGUUCAAUAUUACAGCAGUGCGAUCACAUACUUGGUUCAACGCCAGCUUGUUAUGCCUUGUUCGGUCAGAACAAAGAUGGCGGACUGAAUACUAUUAUGAAAGGAUGCAUAACUCAGCCUGCCCAAGAUUGCGCGCCCUCGUCAGUAUGCAACGGGCAACGAAAGAGUCUCCAUAACUCGCCAGCUCUCUACCACUGCUGUUGUACAGAAGACAAAUGUAACCGAGAUGUAAUUAUUCUUAUCAGCGAGGAGACGGAAAAGAAUUGUGUGGUGAAAGAUAUUAAAGAGUCGAUAAGACAAUUAACAUUGUUAAUCUGGGGUCAUCUUGUGGCAAUGACAAUUGUCCUGAGCGUAAUUGCGAUUAUUCUGAUGCUGUGGAAAUUGAUUUCUUACAAACGACGAAAGAAGAUAUCAAGACAUGUAAAACAUUUAUCUCAAGUGGUCUGCGAUAAAGGCGUGUCAGGUACUCAUCAAUAUCAGAACACCUCUCGCUGGAAGAAGCAAGACUUCCAACUUAUCACGUGUCUUGUACGAAGCACGUUUGGUGAAAUAUGGCAGGCCAGGCUACAUGGCUCUAAUCGGAUAGUCCGCAUUCGAUUGUCAGUAGGCUCGGAUGAUGUGUAUGUGUAUGACAAACAGCUGAUGGCAAAAAAUACAAACGUAAACACCGCAAGAGUUGUAUAAAUCUAUAAAGAGAGGAUUUUUCUA